GUAAAAUAGGUAUAAAAAUACAGCAAUUCGGAAGGGAAUCAUUCCAGAUGAUGAGGAAGCAUUCUGCUAGGGUAGCACCUUUAACGUCGUAUAAUCUCUCUCCGCUGACUUCAGCAACAAUAGAAGGAGAUGAAAGUACAGAGAACCACCCUGAAAACUUAAAUCAUGAAAAUAAUGUCCAAACCCGAUGUCAGUCGUGUACGUCAGCAUUUCUAAAGCUCAUCUGGGGAUUUCUGAUUAUUUUGUCAGUGUCAUCCUCAUGGGUUGGAACUACACAAAUUGUGAAAAUUACAUAUAAGAACUUUCAUUGUCCAUUUUUCAUGACUUGGUUCUCAACAAAUUGGAAUAUUAUGUUUUUCCCUGUUUAUUAUACUGGGCACCUGGCAACUGCAGAUGAAAAGCAGUCACCUAUUAAAAAAUUAAGGGAAUGUAGUCGUAUUUUUGGAGAAGAUGGACUUACACUGAAACUUUUUCUAAAAAGAACUGCUCCAUUUUCUAUCUUAUGGACAUUGACAAAUUAUUUAUAUUUAUUGGCUUUAAGAAGGCUAACAGCCACAGAUGUAUCAGCUCUAUUCUGUUGUAACAAAGCAUUUGUCUUCUUACUUUCCUGGAUUGUUCUAAAAGACAAGUUCAUGGGAGUAAGGAUAGUAGCUGCAAUAAUGGCAAUCACAGGAAUUGUAAUGAUGGCAUAUGCAGAUGGUUUCCACGGAGAUUCAAUUAUUGGUGUAGCACUUGCUGUGGGAUCAGCGUCUACAUCUGCAAUGUAUAAGGUCUUGUUUAAGAUGUUUCUAGGAAGUGCAAAUUUUGGCGAAGCUGCACAUUUUUUUUCUACACUGGGCUUUUUCAAUUUAAUUUUUAUUUCCAGUGCACCAAUCAUACUUUAUUUCACCAAAGUGGAACACUGGUCAUCAUUUACUGCACUCCCGUGGGGCUACCUCUGUGGAAUGGCCGGUCUUUGGUUAGCUUUUAAUAUCCUGGUCCAUGUAGGAGUUGUGCUUACGUAUCCAAUUCUGAUUUCUAUUGGGACUGUACUCAGUGUUCCUGGAAAUGCAGCUGUUGAUCUUUUAAAACAUGAGGUUAUAUUCAGCGUUGUGAGACUCGCUGCAACAUCUGUUAUAUGCAUUGGAUUUCUACUCAUGCUUCUUCCAGAGGAGUGGGAUGAAAUAACGUUGAGGUUCAUCAACAGAUUAAAAGAAAAGAAAAGUGAUGAGCAUACAGAUGAUGUCACUGAGUCCAGCGUUCACACACGAAGCAGAAGCAGAGCAAAUGGAACAGUAUCGAUACCUUUAGCUUGAAAUCAGCCUGUUUAUAAAUGCACGUGAAUGUAUAUUCUGUGAAUAUAAUUUACUUUUCUGAUACUAUGCCAUAAUGAAAGUAUUACAGUUGGGAUAGUCCAAAAUAGAAAUAUAUUAAACUAGAAACUUAUUAUUUCCACUUUCUAAACUUGUACGAGAAUGGUGUAAAC